AUGCUGUUCGCUCAGGUCUUCGUGAUUCUGGUGCUGAUCAGUUGUUGCCAAGCGGCGCUCAGGCCUCAACAGACACAGCUGCGAUCGACCUACGAGCGGGUGUUUGGCCGCAGAAAGCGUGCAAUUAUCUUUCCGCCAGGUUCGUUUUUUAAGUUCACUUGUAAUUUUAGCAAAAAUCUGCUCUCGGCCUAUCCGCGAGGUGUUAGCUUCACAUUGGAGGAGGCUGUCUAUUUUCCCAUUCCUGGCACCAGAGACGAUCUCUACCCAAAGCGUCUUCUGCCAAAGAAGACAACCACACCGCAACCGCUGACAAGCACCACUGCGACCUAUGUUUACAUACCCGGCACUGACUGGCGCUUCAAGGCUCAGGCAUUGCCAAAGCCAAAGUUUAGGCCGACAACAAAAACUCCAAAGACGCAGCGCAUCGAUCUCGGCGGCAAUACCAAUCCUCACAAAUGGCAGCAAUGGGCCAAGUAUGGCUCAAGCCAUAAUCAAAAGUGGCAAAGCAGUGCCGAUAUGCAACGCUGGCAAAUGAGCAACAAGCCCAAGUGGACAAAGUGGACCACACCUGCUCCCAGGUGGACAGCUGCAUGGACCAAUCAUUGGCGUAGACCCACUCGAAGAGCUAUUGCCGAAUCUCGACACUUUCAUGGUCAUCGCGAUCGAAGGCAGCUCUUCGAUCACUUCAGUGGCCUCAGUGCACGCUUUGGCUUCGAUGUCAAGUCCUGCAUAUUACGCACCAUAUGCGACUCUAAGCGCCUCCUGUUGCCACCAGGCUAUUCCAUGCUGCAGGAUAUGCUGCGCUUGGUGUUCACUAUGCCCCGACUAGAUGGACAGGACGAUGAUUACACACGCAUCAUGAGAAAGGAUGCCAAUGCUUGCGCGCAGGAGUUGAAAACUAAGUGCAAUAUGAGCUUCUUGAUUUGGCUGCUUAGCGGUAGAAUGGAUAAAAUAAAUGGGUUUCUUCAUUAA